AUGUCAACAAGUUCAUCAUCAUCAUCUACAUCAUCGGGUGCUUCACCUCUUCAACCAUUGGAUAUUGCCGUGAUUGUCAUUUACUUUAUAUUGGUUAUUAUUGUUGGAUUGCACUCUUCAUUGUGGUCAUAUAUCAAAAGAGUCUAUCGGUGGUUGCAAUCUAAAUUCAAGUCUAAUCAGCAGCAAAUACCACAACAUUUAAAGGAACAUGAUCCGUAUGGUGAUGUGGCCAUGCAACCAAUUCCUUCCAAGGAUUCUCUCUAUGAUGUGGCCACAAGUAUUAGUGGCUCUAGUACUGCUUUGGAUCAAAACAAUUCCGAAGGAGUAGUGGUGUCUGUUGAAAACAAGGAAGAUAACACAAAACAAGAGGAAGAAAAGAAGAGUUCCAAAGACUUUUUCCUUGCCAAUGGUAAUAUUGGAGCCAUUGCUAUUGCUUGUUCAUUAUUUGCCUCAAAUAUUGGAGCAGAACAUAUUAUUGGACUGUCAUCGAGUGGAGCUUCAAUUGGAUUGGCAGUUGGCAUGGCAGAAUUGUAUUCACCUGUUUGGAUUUUAGUGUUGGGAUGGUUGUUUAUUCCAUUCUAUUUGAAAACUAAAGUUUAUACAUUACCUGAAUUUAUUGAAAAGAGAUUUGAUAGAACUUCCAGAAUGUAUUUGAGUUUGUUAUCUUUGGUAAUGUAUGUCAUGACAAAGAUUAGUGUUUCUAUUUAUGCUGGUGUUGUGGUUUUCCAAGUACUUUUAGGAUGGAAUAUUUGGGUUUCUGCUGCAGCAGUGGUCGUAGCAACAGGUAUUUAUACAGUUUUGGGAGGAUUGAGUGCAGUUAUUUAUACUGAAGUUUUGCAAACUGGUGUUUUAGUUAUUGGUGCCUUGUUAGUUUAUGCACAAGGAAUGGUUCAAGUUGGUGGCUAUUCACAUCUGAAAGAACAACUCCCAGACAGUAUGUUACACUUGUUUCAACCCCCUUGGCAUCAUGAUUUCCCAGUGACUGGAGUCUUUUUGGGAAUGUCUUGGACUUCAAUGUGGUAUUGGUGUACAGAUCAAUCCAUUGUACAAAGAGCACUUGCUGCCAAAGAUCUUGCUAAUGCCAUUCGAGGAUGUAUCUUGGCAGCUUUCCUCAAAUUUUUACCAUUCUUUUUAAUGGUUAUUCCUGGAAUGAUUGCCAGAGUUUUGAUUCCUCAAGUUGAAAAGGAUCCUAAUGUGGCUUACAUUCUUUUAAUUGACAAGUUGGUUCCUGUUGGUGUUAAGGGUUUAAUUAUUGCUGCCAUUUUGGCUGCCUUGAUGAGUAGUUUAGCAAGUAUUUUCCACUCAUCGAGUACUUUGUUUACAAUGGAUUUGUAUAGAGUAGUGAGAGAGUAUUUUGAUAGAAAGAAAUUGGCUGAAAAUGUUAAAUUGAAUGCUGAAUCUAAUAUCGAAGUCAUUGAAGAAAAGAAUGAACCAAGAAUUGAAGAAGAAAUUGAAAUUCAAUUGGAUGAAACUAAACCAUCUGCUUCAGUUUCUGAUUUGGGAGAAUUGGAUCCAAUGAAUGAUUCUCCAUCAACUCCAAGAGAAGCUGCCGAAGAUUCAACUUCUGAACUACCAAACAGAAAUACCGAAUAUGUCAUUGUUGGUAAGAUUGCAGGUGCUGUUGUUACAGUAGUUGGUCUUGGUUUCAUUCCAGUCGUUCAAGUCCUCUCCAAACAACUUUACAUUUACACUCACAAAGUUAUGGGCUAUUUGGCAGCUCCAAUUGCUGUCAUUUUCUUGAUGGGAAUUCUCUCAAAGACACCAAACCAUUAUGGAAGUUUAUUCACUUUAAUUUUGGGAAAUACUAUUGGAUUAUCGAGAUUAUUCUUGGAAGCCAUGUUCAAUAGUAAUGCAUUUGAUAUUUACAAACUUCCAGAUUGGUCUAGAACUUUAGUACAAAUAUUUAUCAGAUCAAACUUUUUGCAUUUUAGUGCUUGUAUGGCAUUGUUGAGUAUUAUUUGUUUAUUCUUGAUUUCUUAUAUAACUGGAUCAUCCACUCCUGAAAAGACUGAAAAUUUGACGUUGAAUUAUUCUCAAUUAUGGAAAUCAGCAAGAGAGUUUUACAAUCAACAAACAUCAUUUAAGGAAACUAUUAAGAAUCACUUUGAUCACGUAUUGAAUGUUGCACUUUCUGUGAUUUUGAUUGGUCUGUUGUGCGUCAUGUACAUUGUUUUUGGAUAG